AUGCCUAAAAUGAGCCCCUUCGUCCCUCUGCUCUGCGUCUGCCUGGACGUCUGCGCGGUGCACGCCAUCCGCCUGGCCCAUUUCUCUCUUCUGCUCCGCACCCAUCCGCUCGUCGCCCUGUGGGGGGGUGCUUUGACCAGGGCCUCCCUCCUGGUCUUCCUCGCCUUCACCUUUCCCGGUUGCCCCCCCUGGACAAGGAGCCUCCGGGGCCUCCAGAGCAUAGGGGUCCUUUGCUUCCACUUCCCGGUCUACGUGGCUCUUGGGUGGGUGCUGGGGGGCUCCAUGGUGGAAGAGCUGUGGGGGUGGCACAGCUGGGAGCGGGUAUUUCAGGGGUAUGUGGUGACAGCGGUGGCGAAUCUCUACUUUAUCAAAGCCUCGUCCGCGUGGUCGAAAGCGCCGCCCCGGAUGUCUGGACCGGACACGAGAGCCUCUCUGAAGAGGUUGAUGGGAUACAUGCGGCCUUAUCUGGGCCGCUUUAUUUUGGUCCUGGCUCUGGUGAUCCUGUCGUCCUACGGGGAGAUGGCCAUUCCCAAGUACACCGGCCGGAUGACGGACUGGAUCAUUGAUGACGUGUCCCCGGAGGCCUUCUCCCAGGCCAUCACAGUCAUGACACUGAUGACCAUCGGCAGUGCGGUUUUUGAGUUUGUGUGCGACCUUGUGUACAACAUCACCAUGAGCCUCAUCCACACCUCUGUGCAAGCAGCCGUCUUCCAGGCGGUGCUCAGGCAGGAGAUCGCUUUCUUCGACGCCACUCCCACUGGUGUUCUAGUGUCUCGCAUCACAACGGAUACCAACGACAUGAGCGAGGCUCUGAGCGAAGAUCUGAGCCUCCUGAUGUGGUACACGGGACGCUUCGCCUUCCUGCUGUUCUUCAUGGUGAGCCAGUCCUGGAAGAUGACGCUGCUCACCUGCAUGGGUCUUCCCAUCAUCUGGGUCAUCCCAGAGCUCACUGGACACUUCCACCAGAGCACCGCUAAGAAGGUUCAGGAGUCGCUGGCUAAGGCCAACCAGGUGGCCACAGAGACCUUCUCCUGCAUGAAGACGGUCAGGAGUUUUGCCAAUGAGGAUGGCGAGACAGAGAAGUACAGGAAGAGGCUGGAGGAAACGUAUUCUCUCAAUAAACAAGAGGCCGCAGCUUACGCAGCUACAACCUGGGCUAACAGCAUAACAACUUUGGCCCUGAAGGUGUGCAUUCUGUACUAUGGUGGGACGCUGGUGACCAGGGGGGCCGUGAGCAGCGGGGAUCUGGUUUCCUUCGUUCUUUACGAGCUGCAGUUCACCUCUGCUGUCGAGUCUGUCAUGCGUUACUACCCAGAGGUGAAGAAAGCCAUCGGUGCCUCUGAGAAGAUCUUCGAAUAUUUGGACCGGGAACCUCAAAAGCCCCCCUCAGGCACUCUGGAACCCCACGUCCUGAAAGGACACAUUCAGUUCAAGAAAGUGUCUUUUUCCUAUUCUGGAAGGAGCGACGAGAACAGCCUUGUUUUGAAGGAUGUGUCUCUGGAAAUCAAACCCGGUCAGAUCACUGCGCUCGUGGGACUGAACCGAUCCGGGAAGACCACCUGCGUCAAACUGCUGGAGCGAUUCUACCAGCCCCAGACGGGGGAGAUCCUUCUGGACGGGAAAGCCCUGCACAGCUACAAAGACGAGUACCUGCACGAAAAGAUCGCCGUGGUGAGUCAGGACUGCGUGCUGUUUGCUCGCUCCGUUCGGGAGAACAUCAAGUACGGCUACGAAAAGGCCACGGAUGAGGAGAUGUUCGCGGCCGCCAAGCAGGCCAGCGCACACCAGUUCAUUGAGAAGCUGCCAAACGGCUACGACACAGAUGCUGGGGAGAGAGGGGGGCAGGUGUCUGGAGGCCAGAAGCAACGCAUCGCCAUCGCCAGGGCUUUGAUCAGAAAACCGAAGAUCCUGAUUUUGGACAACGCCACCAGUGACCUGGAUGUGGAGAAUGAGCACCAGGUCCGUCAGACCCUGAUGAGCCUGAAGAAGAACUGCUCGGUGCUGAUGAUUUCCAACAAGAUGAGCGCGGCAAAGGAAGCAGACCGCAUCCUUGUUCUGGACAACGGCGUGGUGACGGAGGACGGCAGCCACCAGCAGCUCAUGGAGAGGGGCGGUCUUUACGCCACGCUGGUAGAAAAGCAGGAAAAGGGCAUUUCCCGUCAGGAAGAGGAGAACGCCGACGACGAGCGAACCGCUUAAACGGAGUAAGCCGACUGCUUACAAAACUUAAAAUCGCUUUCUUCUGACAUCGCUGCUCCCCUUUUGAAGAUGCUGAAGCAUCAAGGAAACCCAGAGAACGGCACUGAAACCAGAUAACUCUGUUUUUGUUCAUGAAGUUAAAAAUAUAUAUAAUUUAUUUGAGAUUUCCUGAUUCCAGGCACAUUGAAAAGAGUAGUCCUGCACAGAGGAAUGUAGUGUAAUCCUGGUCUGCAUCUCCUGGUCCACUUUGUUACACCUGCAGAUGUCAGACGAGCACAUCCAACCUUUUCUGUCAUUUGAUUUGAAUAAAACGCUGUUUUUCUUGGAUAAAGAAUGAGGUUAAAAUUCUGGUUUCACUUUAAACUACAAACUACCUGCCUGAACGAAACAAAUCAAAGGAGACGUUUGGAAAGAACAGGAUGAAGGUGAAAGAACUGAUGCAGCUUCACACUGAGGAACACAGGCUCUUAUUUUUUAAAACAAGAAUUAUAUUGUUGAACUGAAACUAAUGAUUUCUGAAGAAGAAGUCUGUUAUUUAAAAGCUGGAGUGAUCUCCAUGUUGGUGCACCACCAGUUUUUCUAUCUUUUUACUCUAGUUAACAUUCACUUUGCUAAGUUUUGGGGGUAUUUUUAUUUUUUGUAUUCUUUUACGAUGUUGCCGUGCAAUGAAAGCCCUUUGAAUAUUUUAAUGUGAAAAUAAUUUUGUUGAUUUUUGAUCAUCAGAUUCAACAGCAAAGGUUUCCUGUUAAAUCUGGCAGCUCUGUUCUCUGCUUGUAAAAAUGUUUGUGGGUUUGUGAUCUGUUUUCAUGCACUAUAAAUAUUAAGAAUUAAUCAUUUUCUAGAUUAAACUACAACUGUAACCAUAGAUAAAUAAAUAUGCAGCAGGUUAAAAAAAUAUAGAAUAUAACAGUUUGCCUUAAUUCUGACUGGUGUACAUUCUAUAUUGAAACUGAUCAUUGGUUUUUGCUUCCAGAAAAGUGACCGGGAAUAUGUUUGUUUCAUAAAAAAAAAGACAUUUAAUAAAUGGACAACAGACUCUUUCUU